AAUUGAGAAAAAACAUUGACUUUUAACGGACUAUAAAUCUAUGGUAAACUAGGUCAAAGGGCAGCAGGUGACCCAGGAAGUGACAUUCAGGAAGUAAUCUAACUAUCAGGCUGCAAAAGUUUAAAUGCUUUGAAAUGUUGUAAAAUAAGGUAGAAUAUUGAUGCACAAUGUCGGAUCGUGAAUCUCUUAAUCCUAGAGAUACCAAACAACACGAAAAGAAUUAUUAAUCACAAUGCAGUCACACUUGACUGAUAUAACUGCCGAACUCUCAGACAGUGAAGAUGAACUCUUCACAAUGGAAGAUACCCAGUUGCUGGAGGGCCAAGACGGGAAGGGGGAGGCACCCAAGAUCAGUGGAAAGGCUUGGGGUAGAGUGGCUAAAAUAUUCCGCAACAGAAGUGACUAUCCUACUUGUGUCUUCCUGAUUUUGGGAAAUGAGUUUUGUGAGAGAUUUUCCUAUUAUGGAAUAAGAACGAUUUUAGUGAUCUAUCUCUCACAAUGGCUGAAGUUCUCAGAAGACACCUCUACUGCCAUCUAUCACAUGUUCGUCAUGCUCUGUUACUUCUCGCCUCUCUUUGGAGCAAUGUUGGCAGACGGCUUUAUUGGAAAAUACAAGACUAUAUUGUACCUCUCCAUACUGUACGCUAUUGGGAAUGCCAUAGUCUCCUUCACAGCUUUCCCUCCUCCUGAAAGCGCUGGACCAAUCAUAGGCCUCAUAGUUAUAGGAAUAGGGACUGGCGGGAUCAAGCCUUGUGUGUCAAGUCUUGGAGGAGAUCAGUUUGCAGAAAACCAAGUGAAACAAAGGGCCACUUUCUUCUCAAUAUUUUACUUUGCUAUUAAUGCAGGAAGUGUCUUGUCAACUUUUAUAACUCCAAUAUUAAGGGCUGACGUUCAAUGUUUUGGUGGCGACUGCUAUCCAUUGGCCUUUGGUGUUCCCACUCUGCUGAUGAUCGUUGCAUUGCUUUUAUUUGUUGCUGGGACCAACCUAUACAAAAGGAACCCACCCAGUGGCAAUGUUAUAGGCAAUUUCUUCUGUUCUAUCGGGCGUGCAAUCAAAAACAAAUGUGGCAUCCGAGGAAAGCUUCAAAAAGAGCACUGGCUGGAUUACGCUGAUGAUAGAUAUGAUGCUCAGUUCCUUAGUGAUGUGAAGGAUGUCUUGAGAGUAUUACUCUUGUUUAUCCCCCUCCCUGUCUUCUGGGCUCUGUUUGACCAGAUGGGAUCUCGCUGGACCCUCCAAGCGCAAAAAAUGAAUGGAAAAGUUUGGGGUGAUUGGCACGUAAAACCAGAUCAAAUCAGUGUGUUGAAUCCAGUGAUGAUCUUGCUGUUUAUUCCACUCUUUGAAAGCGCCAUCUAUCCGCUACUUGACAAGUGCAAGAUUCCUAACAGGCCACUACAAAGAAUGGUUGUAGGCAUGCUGUUUGCAUCUGCUAGUUUCUACUUAGCUGGGUUUUUACAAAUAACUAUUGAUGAAGCUAUUGCUGCUCCUUUAGAUGUAAACCAGGCUGAUGUGAGAUUUCUGAAUGCUGCAGAGUGCCCCUUAAAUGUACAUACAUAUAAUCUGAAUAUAGACUCAUUGGAGAGAAUAGAAAAAAGAUUAAAUAUAGGGGAGAUGCAACCAUUAGAGGUCUCUUAUAAUCUUACUUGUAAAAGUAGUGAGUCUUCCAUUAAAGUGCCCAUAGAAGAAAGAAGGGCUUACACUGUGUUAUUUUAUGCUGAUGGUGCAAAAUAUUAUAAGAGCAGUUCAACUAAGCCAAGAAAAAACAAAUGCAGUUUUAGUUUAAUAAAUGUACUAGACAGUGACGCCUACAGUCUGGUGCUUCAAGAAAAAAAUGGGGAGACCCAGUACAGUGUAGGUGACUUAGAACAUCUACACGCUUCAAAAUACUCAACAGUGCUUCCAUAUAGUUACCAAUUAUAUGGCAAACUUGGUGACAAUAGCAGUGACUCACUUCCAUUGGGGGACAUUAUACCAUGUAGCGAGGGUGGAGCUUACACAAUACUCCUGAUCCGUGGGGAUGCCAAUGCUACAUCAGGGGUUGACUCGCACAUUUAUGUAGAUGUUGCCUCCAAUAAGGUGUCCAUGUUCUGGCAGAUUCCACAGUAUGUGAUGAUCACAGCCGGAGAAAUCCUCUUCUCAGUGACGGGACUUUCAUUUGCAUAUUCCCAGGCACCUGCUAGCAUGAAGUCUGUCUUAAUGUCAAACUGGUUGUUGACAACAGCCUUUGGUAAUCUUAUUGUACUCGUCAUUGCGGAGGCACAGUUCUUCGAAUCUCAGACUGCAGAGUUUUUCAUGUUCGCCACAUUGAUGUUAGUUGUCACGGUGAUAUUUGCCGUCAUGACCUGUUUCUACACAUACGUCACACCACCAGUAACUGAAGUACAGCAGCUAGAUGACCUUAGUAGCCCAGAUAAAUCUGACACAUCUGAUAAAGAAGGAGAAUCAUUGACUAGUAACUUUGAUGCACAAAAAAGGAACAUUCCUAAAUAUACCGAUGAAUCUCCACAAUGAUAGCUAUUAUAGAAAAAAUACAUAUAGCACUAUAUCUAGGAUACAAUAUGAAAUAGUAAUAAGUGAAAAAAUAAAAAAUGGUAUUUAGAAUAAGAAAUAAUUUUAGUAUAGAUAUAAACACUUUUAGGCAUGAAUCAUAGCUUUGAAAUUGCUAUGAAUUAAAAUAGUGAUAGUUGUCACUAAACAAUGCAAUAGCUAUAAAUUACGACAGAGACAGCUGUAAAUAAGGGUGUAAUAGUUAUGAAUUACUGCAUUAAUAUUUUUGACUCAUAAUGAAAUAUUUUUGAUUAACCAUGGAGAAAGCUGAAAGAUGGCUAUAAUGGAUAGUAUUUCUCAUUUUAUCAAUCACCAUGUUGUUACAAGUUACUAAAUACAGUAAAACCUGUCAUAUCUGAACACCACUGGGACCGUCCAAAAGUUUUUGAAUAAACAUUUCUUGGUUUUCAUUUCAUAUGUGAGUCAAUUGUGAUACUACAAAAACUGUUCACCUGAAGUGAUAUUCAGAUAAGAGCCAUGUUUGGAUAUACAGGUUUUAUUGUACUUGAAUAGCUCUAAAUCUACAAAAGUAGCCAU